AUGGCGGCGCAAACAUCAGGCUUAGUGCCCCACGUCAGCACAUCAACGCCGCCCCGUCACACAACCGCGACGUCUCCAAUUUCAACUCUCACGCCUCAAGCACGCAAGAUCUUCCAGGAAAGUUUUGACAAAUUUCAACAAACCGUCCAAAAGCUAUCACCUAGUGAUCAGCGUGAAUUCAACGAUACUACGUUGCGCGAUGUCCGGAAAGCAGCUAGGGAGAUUGAGCAACUGCUCGCAGCGCGACAGUGUCUUCGGAAUAUGCAACGUCUGGAGCCUCUCCUCAAUGGACUAGAGGCAUACGCGGCGGUCGUAGAAGUGCUUUGCAAUGGCACGCCGUACCUUGCCUGGAUAUGGACACCCAUAAAGUUGAUGAUGAAACUAGCAACAGAUCAUAUCAGCGCUUUUGAGAAACUCAUGGCGGCAUAUGCCCAAAUUGCAGAUAGUCUACCUCGUUUCGACCGCCUGAAUAGCGCUUUUCAAAACAACUCUGACUUUCAGCAAGUCCUCGCCGUUGUCUACAGUGACAUCAUCGAAUUCCAUCGGAAAGCUUACGAGUUCUUCCGAAGAAGUGGAUGGAAGUGCUUUUUCAGAUCCUCAUGGGGCCAAUUCGACAAAAGGUUCAAGUGUAUCCUGGCCAACCUCCGGACACAUAUCGACCUAGUCGAUCGUGAGGUCAACGCUCACUUGAUCUCUGAAACGAUGAAGUGGAGAAGAGAAGCCACUGCGGUAGCAGAAAAAGAGGAGAAAGAACGAGCAGUGACUCAGCUCGUGGCAACGCUCGACUGGUUGGGUGUUGACAAGAUUCCAUAUUGCGGGCAAUCCUACCAGGAGAACACUCUUGACAAGCUUAUCCGUGAAUGUUGCCCAGGCACAACCGACUGGCUGAUCAAGAAUAAAGCAAUGAAAGGGUGGCUGCAAAAUAGAAGGGGUCAAUCGGUUCUUUGGUUGAAAGGCAAACCUGGCUCUGGGAAGAGUAUGCUUUGUGCAAAAAUCGCGCAAUUUCUGCUUUCCGAUGGACAGUCAACGGUCUUGUUCUGCUUCUACAGUUACAGAAUAAGCUGCGUUCAUCCGGACCCUACUAUCUUUAUACUUGCCACUCUCAUUGCACAAAUACUUCGCCGAAAUACCGACCUCUCGGUAUAUGUGCAUGAGGAAUUCGUUGCAGAAGCUCGACCAGCUUCUAUUAGCAAUCUCAAAGAAAUCAUCAUGAACCUGAUUCCUCAGCUCAAGAUGCCACGGAUCCUGAUCGAUGGUAUUGACGAGUGCGUGCGCUACGACACACAUGGGAAUCCGUCCGACCUUACGUUAGUGAGGGAUGUGCUUCAGGAUGUCUUGCAACUGGAAACUCUAGCGGGUGGCAACUUACCGCUGAAACUUCUCAUCGUCAGUCGGGACAUCAAGCAAAUUGUGGGGAAGCUGUCCAAGAAGCCUACGAUUUCACUUGAUGAUGAGGUGGAUGCUAUGACAUCCGCUAUCCGACGUUUUACGAAUCAACGGUUACAAGAGAUACGAGAAAGAUUUGAAGAGUUCCAGGAAAUUGAUAGUAUCCUUCUCGAGGUUGAGGAAAAGAUUGUCCUGAAAGCUCAAGGCAUGUUCCUCUGGGUGCGAUUGAUACUGGCCCAUUUGGAAGAAGAUGCAUACAAUCUCGACGAUCUUGAAGCCGCUGUUAUGAACAUGCCCGUCACCCUCAACGAGUUUUACUCUCGAAUCGUGGCCCGAAUCCAGGCCUUGAAUGAUUCAUCUCGGGAGAGAGCUAUGAUCAUACUGAACUGGUUGGUUUGUUCUCGACGACCGUUGCGCCAGACGGAACUUCAAGACGCUAUUGUCUUUGCUGGUAACAUGAAAAUGACACAAAGAUCAAAGCUUCCUACAACUGUCUUGGACCUAUGCAAGCCUUUGAUCCAAAUACAUGACGAUCGAACAGUCACUUUUGUGCACUUCACUAUCCAGGAAUAUCUUAUAAACAAUUCUUCCCAAACCCUGUUCGAAGCUGAGCGUUGCGCCGCAAUGACUUGUCUAAAUUACCUAGACUUCAGCCUGAAUCUCAUUGACACACGCACUUCAGAAGGAACGCGAACAGCCGAUGUCGGUAACACCCUCCACACCCUACAGCCGUAUGUACAUGAUAAUUGGUUGGAUCAUUUGCUGGCUUUUGCAUCAAAUCUAUCUUUGGGCCAAGAUUCGCAGUUUGAACGAUACCUGGCUCGUCUCGUGGAGUCAGUUCGACUGCAUCAAACGAUAGGUGUAUGCAGAACUACCUGCUCCGGUUCCGAAGAUACCAACUUGUCCAUUGCAAUCGAACCCCGCCUCGAGCACCUCAGACACAACAAGCCUGUUUUUGAGAUGCUAAGUCACCUUGUUCAACAUCGGCACCACAGGAACCUGUAUUUCCAUGCGACUGCGCCGAUCCCAACGCCACCAGACCCAACGCCCUUCAAUGCAGUACAAAUACAGUACGAGAAGAUGGUUGUUGCACUACUUACCUGCGUAUCAUUUCCAGGAGUCACCCCAGCACAGCUAAUACAUUUCAAAACUCUUCACGAACAUCUUGCAUAUGUUUGCAGGUAUCCUGGUUGUUCAAGUAUCUUACCAGGCUUUGCUACCAACGACGCACGCAUCCAACACGAAAGAACUCACGCCCCAGCAAUAGUGUGCACUUACCCUGGAUGUAAAUACAAGCUCAGCUUUGGGUCCAUGCAAAGCCUGAAAGGACACGUUCGGAAAUUUCACAGUGCAACUCCAAAUAUUCCAAGGUCUAUACGAUCUAAGCAAAUAUCAACUGUCAACCAAAAAGCUACCGCACCUGGUAGCUUCACUGCAAAGUUAACGCCUACUGAUCUACUUCCUAUUCAGUACAGUGUUGAGGGUGAUUUGAACGCCUUUAUCAAGCCAACACACUCCUCCGCCCUUUUACUAGAUGCCUUCCAACACUCACAAACGACAUCGUUACCACUAGGAGCAGACGAACUAGCCUUGCAACGAUUAGCGAUGCCGAAUACUGCACAAUCUAUUCAGCAAGUACAGCAGCGGAAGUACCAGCAGCAGAUAAGGCUACAAGUGCGGCAGGGGUUCCAGCAGCUAGCAACACUACAGCAAGAAAAGCUACAACAGAAGCAGCAGCAGCAGCAGCCUAGGGCUAGCAUGUCUCCGUAA